GCGACCGAAGCGCGGAGUGAAGGGGAGGUACCAGUUUGCGAGCCAGCUCGGAGAGGUGCCAUCUGCAAUUUUGUUAUCUGCAAUGACUCUUCCCUUCGAGGUCAACCCGUUAUUUUCAACCCUGACUUCUUUGUGGAGAAGCUCCGACAUGAAAAACCUGAGGUGUUCACCGAGUUGGUUGUCAGCAAUAUCACAAGGCUUAUUGAUCUACCUGGAAUGGAGUUGGCUCAGCUGAUGGGGGAAGUAGACCUUAAGUUGCCUGGUGGGGCUGGCCCAGGAUCAGGCUUCUUCCGGUCUCUAAUGUCUCUCAAGCGGAAAGAAAAAGGUGUGGUAUUUGGAUCUCCACUUACAGAGGAAGGCAUUGCCCAGAUAUACCAACUGAUUGAAUAUCUACACAAACACUUGCGAGUUGAGGGUUUGUUUCGAGUACCAGGGAAUAGUGUCCGGCAACAGAUUUUAAGGGAUGCUCUCAAUAAUGGAGUGGAUAUUGACUUGGAAUCAGGGGUAUUUCACUCAAAUGAUGUUGCCACCUUGCUGAAGAUGUUUUUAGGAGAGUUACCAGAGCCCCUGCUGACUCAUAAACAUUUCCACGCACACCUCAAAAUUGCUGAUUUGAUGCAGUUUGAUGAUAAAGGCAACAAGACCAAUAUACCAGAUAAGGUGCGGCAAAUUGAGGCUCUUCAGUUGCUUUUCCUCAUUCUCCCUCCACCCAAUCGUAACUUGCUGAAGUUGUUGCUUGAUCUCCUGUACCAGACAGCAAAGAAACAGGACAAGAAUAAGAUGUCUGCCUAUAACCUUGCUCUUAUGUUUGCACCCCAUGUCCUAUGGCCAAAAAAUGUCACUGCAAAUGACCUUCAAGAGAACAUCACAAAGUUAAACAAUGGGAUGGCUUUUAUGAUUAAACAUUCCCAGAAACUUUUUAAGGCUCCUGCUUAUAUUCGGGAAUGUGCCAGAUUACACUAUUUAGGCUCCAGAACCCAAGUAUCAAAGGAUGACCUUGAUUUGAUAACUUCAGUUCAUGCUAAGUCUUUCCAGCUGACAAAAUCUCAGAAACAGAAUCGGGUAGAUUCCUGCUCUCAUCUGGAGGAGACCCAACAACGCACGGAAGAGGCAUUAAAAGAGCUGUUUCAACAUGUACACAAUAUGCCGGAGUCAGCAAAGAAGAAACAGCUUAUUAGACAGUUUAAUAAGCAGUCUGCGACCCAAACACCAGGGCGAGAACCUUCUACUCCAUGGGUACAGAAGAGGACCCGCUCCCGUUCCUUCAGUGGGCUUAUUAAGCGGAAGGUCCUGGGGAGUCAGAUGAUGUCAGAGAAGAAAAACGAGGGCCCUACUCCGGAAUCCGCGGCCGUUGGUGAAUUGAAUACAGCCAGCAAAGAAAAUGUGAGCUCAUUUUUUUCUGGCUCUCCAGCUGUCAAGAUGACACCAACAAGAUUGAAAUGGUCUGAGGGGAAGAAAGAGGGGAAAAAAGGCUCUGCCCUGAGGUCUAAGGCUAAGAAGGUAGGUGGCUUGGAGAUGCCACCUGGGGCGCGGGGCAUCUCUAAGAUAUGA